CCUGAUUGUUGGGAGAGUCUCAGCGUCCCCGUGUACCCGCCCACUCUCCUCCCCUUUUCCCUCGUGUCCCCACCCAGUGUAAUUUCGCGUGGGCGCGCCGCUCACCCCCUGACUGACCACCCGGCGGGCGCUCGGUCACUCAUACAGCAGAAGGCGGGAGAGCGGGAACGUGCGCGGUGACUGAGAGCCCGUCAGCGGCGGGGAGUGAGGACAAGUAAGGAGCAGGCUUAAUAAGAAUACACAAGACCCAAAAAAAGACGUUGGGGAAAGUGACAUUGUAAUCUGAUCAAGCCAACUAAAGAUGUCAUUUCUUCUUACACCUCUGGUGGAGCCAUAGAAUCUUCUCAAUUUCUGGAUAAACGAAACAUUCAAGUAAUUUACGUCUCCUCUCUUAUACGUGAUGAGUCUCAAAGAAGAGAGACCAUAUCUGUGCUCUGAGUGUGACAAAUGCUUCAAAUAUAAAUCACAUCUUCUCAUACAUGAGAGGACCCACACAGGAGAGAAAACAUUUAAAUGCUCUGAAUGCAGCAAAUGUUAUACUUCCAAGAUGAACCUUGUUUUACAUCAGAGGAAUCACACAGGAGAGAAACCAUAUAAAUGUUCUGAAUGCAGCAAGUGUUUUUCCUCCAAUAUAUACCUUUCUAAACAUCAGAGGAGUCACACGGGAGAGAAACCAUAUAAAUGCUCUGAAUGUAGCAAGUGUUUUUCCUAUAAGUCACAACUUCUCAGUCAUCGGAGGAUUCACACAGGAGAGAAACCAUUUAAAUGCUCUGAAUGUAGCAAGUGUUUUUCUUCCAAGCGACAACUUAUUAGGCAUCAGAGGAUUCACACAGGAGAGAAACCAUUUAAAUGCUCUGAAUGUAGCAAGUGUUUUACCUCCAAGAGAAGCCUUGUUACACAUCAGAGGAGUCACACAGGAGAGAAACCAUAUCAAUGCACUGAAUGCAGCAAGCGUUUUUCUUCCAAGCAACAGCUUGUUGUGCAUCAGAGGAGUCACACAGGAGAGAAACCAUUUAAAUGCUUUGAAUGUAGCAAGUGUUUUUCUUCCAAGGAACAACUUGUUAUGCAUCAGAGGAUUCACACAGGAGAGAAACCAUUUAAAUGCUCUGAAUGUAGCAAGUGUUUUUCUUCCAAGCAACAACUUGUUGUGCAUCAGAGGAUUCACACAGGAGAGAAACCAUUUAAAUGCUUUGAAUGUAGCAAGUGUUUUUCUUCCAAGCAACAGCUUGUUGUGCAUCAGAGGAUUCUCACAGGAGAGAAACCAUUUAAAUGCUCUGAAUGUAGAAAGUGUUUUUCUUCCAAGCCACAACUUGUUGUGCAUCAGAGGAUUCACACAGGAGAGAAACCAUUUAAAUGCUCUGAAUGUAGCAAGGGUUUUACCUCCAAGAGAAACCUUGUUACACAUCAUAGGAUUCACACAGGAGAGAAACUAUAAAUAUACAGAUGUAGAAAUAUUAACGCUCUCCCUUGCGCUUCGAAUUGUCCAACAAUAGAUGUAUCUGUUCAAACAAGUCCGAUUAGAGGAACCGCAGAACCAACUGGAGAUCCCAAGGUGCUGUGGGAGGCACAAAGGGAGGUUGGAUAUGAAGGACGCCUUUCAAGAACAUCUGUACUUCCGGUAAAGAAGCCAAUUGUUUCUGAAAGAAAAUCGUCAAGGCCGAAUUCUGAACCUUUAAGGAGUCUAGGCUUAGGCCUACAUCCACACCUAUCUGCAGGAAACGUUCCAGAUGAAAUUCCACCUUAGAAUAUCGUCUGCUUUCACACCGAGACACACAUCUUCCAGAUACGAUGGUAAUGUUUCAAUGUUACCCCCUUCCUGUCUUGGAUCAUAGUCGGGAUGACCUUGUUGGGAAUCUCUUUCUGGGCUAUAAUCAGCUUCUCAACUUCUAUGCCGUGAAACAUAGCCGUGGUAAGUCUUGAUAGACAAGCGGGCCCUGUUGCAGAAGAUCCUCUCGAAGAGGCUAAGGCCACAGAUCUUCGCUUGUCAUCUCUAGAAGGUCCGCAUACCAGGCCCUUCUCGGACAGUACGGAGCAAUCAGGAUUGCAUGAACUGUUACCCUUCUUAUUCUUUUGAGAACCCUUGGGAUCAGAGGAAUCAGAGGAAACAAGUAUACCCAAGGAGUUGUGAGGGCGUCGACCGCUACAGCCUGUGGGUCCCUCAACCUGGAACAGUAUAGCUUGAGCUUCUUGUUGAGAUGAAAGGCCAUGUUGGUUUGUGGACAACCCCACCGACAUGUCAGGCGCUGGUACACCUCCGUGUGGAGGCCCUAUUCUCCCGGGAGCAGGUCGUUUCUGCUGAGGAAAUCUUCCCAGUUGUCUACUCCUGGAAUGAAGAUUGCCGACAACACCACUGUGUUUUUCCACCCAGAGGAUAAUUCUUGACAGCUCUGACAUUGCAGGUCUGCUUUUCGUACCGCCUUACUGGUUUAUGUACGUCACCGCUGUCACAUUGUCCGACUGAACUUGAAUGACCUGAUUCUGAAGAAAAGAGGCCUGCAGAAGGGCAUUGUAGAUUGCCCUGAACUCCAGGAUGUUUAUGGGAAGUGUGGCUUCCCGACUUGACCAUUUUCCUUGGAAUUGUACACCCUGGGUGACUGCUCCCCAACCUCUGAGGCUUGCGUUAGUGGUUAACUGAAUCCAAUUUUGAAUCCCGAACUGUCGACCCCUUCACUAGGUGAGACGUUUGUAACCACCACAGGAGGGAAAUCCUGGCCUUCGGCGACUGACAAUUCCUCUGAUGCAUGUGUAGAUGCGAUUCAGACCAUUUGUCCAACAGAUCCAGCUGGAAGGGCCUAGCAUGAAACCUUCCGUACUGAAUUGCCUCGUAAGAGGACACCAUUUUCCCCAGAAGAUGGAUCUACUGAGAUUCGGGUUGGCUUCAAGAUGGCCCACACCAUCGACUGGAUUACCGUUGCCUUUUCCAAGGGAACACUUUCUGAGACUCUGUCCAGGACUAUUCCCAGAAAAUUAAGCUUCUGCUUUGGUUCUAGGUGAGAUUUUGGCAGGUUUAGAAUCCAUAGUGUUCACUCUAGGAUUUUUUUAGGGCAGGGUGCUGACCUUAGCGAGGGCACAUUUUAAUCUAGAAGGAUAAAAUGAUGUACAUACUGCAAUAUGUAUGCAGGUGUCUUAAUACCUAAUAAAAUGUGUACAGAGA